CAGAUCUUGACGCCAGAGGGGGCGAAGAUCUUGGUGAAAGACAAGGAGAAGCAACAAGUCGAAGAAGCACAAGAAGCUCCUGAGCCGGAGAAGGAGGAACACGGUGCUGAGGAUGCUGAGGAGGAGGGCGAGGCGCGUGAUGCCGUUCCUCCUGGACUGCCCUCGACCUUCCGAAGCAGGGCAGAGGAUGUGGUGAAGCUUCCACCCAAGCUUGUGGAGGCGGAGCGCUCGGCGGCGUCCAUCGAGGAGGAAUACCAACGCAUGGACGAGGUGCACAUGAAGACUUUGACGGACUGGGUGGCGGAAUUCAACGCUUUGAUGCAGGAAAUUGGCCGCUCUGUCAUCGAACGAGCUCAAGGCUACUAUGAUAGCCGCGCUUUGUGGCAGCAAGCGGUUCAGGACUUUGCGCAUCAACAGGGCCAGCUGGACGAUGUGAACGCCACGCUGAGCGUGGCGGUGAAGAAGCUUGCGACCGCAGAGGCGGCGUUUGAGUCGUACCUUCAAGGCAAAGAUCCCUUGAACGAGGAGCAAUGGAGAGCUCUUUCUGCGGCGAAGGUCGAUGAUGAGGCCUUCGACGGAGACCCCAAGCUCUUGCGGAUGAUCAGAGUGUCGUGCUUGGCGGAUUCGGUGGCCACCUUACAGCGCCAGCGUGACGUGGCCAACUCGGAGCUCGUCGCCAAGCGAGAGGAGCUGGACGACGCCCGGAGGAGAUUCGAGUUCGAGGAUGCACAGCAUAGUGGCUGUACCUGGAACUGUUCGGUGAAGCGGGCUGCUCCCUUCUACGAGAAGCGUCGACUGCACGAGUCGAAAGUGGAUCAGCAGCUCCAGCAGCUCCAGUUGGUGGAGCAACGGCUUCACGUGGCCCGGCAGAAGGUGGCCCAGUUGCAGGCAGAAUCGCCCUCUGGGCGCAGCCGCAGGUCCCGACAGUUGGACGAGCUGAGCCUCCAAAGCUUCGAGAUCGCCGGGGGCGAACCCGCCCUGGACGAGUGGCACUCGUGCAACGAAGACGAAGACUCUGCGGAUGAGCGGUGAUGUGGGUGUGUAGCUCAAAUAGGGAGACGUCCC